ACCCCGACCAGCCCCUCCCGCUGCUUUUCUUCCUGUCCUUCCCGCCUUGACCCGGCACGUUGCCUUCCUCCUUCUCCUCCGUCUCCUGCAGGCUGCUGCGCCGCGCUCUGCCCUCCCUCCAGCCCACCAAGCCGGCCCCGAGCAAGCAAGCGAGCGAGCGAGCCUAAGAGAAAGCCAUGGCUUCCCUCAAGGACAAACUGAUUACCCCAAUUACCCAGCCCAGCACUCAACCGAACAACAAGGUCACCGUUGUAGGAGUCGGCCAGGUUGGGAUGGCCUGUGCUGUCAGUGUCCUGGAAAGGGGUCUCUGCGAUGAACUUGCUCUCGUUGAUGUCCUGGAAGAUAAACUGAAAGGAGAGAUGCUGGAUCUACAACAUGGAAGCUUAUUUCUGAAGACACCUAAGAUUGUAGCAGACAAGGAUUAUUCUGUGACCGCUAAUUCAAAGGUUGUGGUUGUAACCGCCGGGGUCCGCCAGCAGGAAGGAGAAAGCCGUCUUGACUUAGUUCAGAGGAACGUAAACGUCUUCAAAUUCAUUAUCCCUCAGGUUGUGAAAUACAGCCCAAAUUGCAUCAUUCUGGUGGUUUCAAACCCAGUGGACAUCCUGACCUACGUGACAUGGAAACUUAGUGGCCUGCCAAAGCAUCGCGUCAUCGGUAGCGGUUGUAACCUUGAUUCUGCUCGGUUCCGCUUUUUGAUGGCAGAAAAAUUGGGUAUCCAUCCCUCCAGCUGUCAUGGCUGGGUCUUGGGAGAACAUGGCGAUUCCAGUGUACCGAUCUGGAGCGGGGUCAACGUAGCAGGCGUUUCUCUCCAGGACUUGAACCCACAAAUGGGGACUGACCAAGAUCCAGAGGAAUGGAAGAAAGUCCACAAACAGGUGGUUGAGAGUGCUUAUGAAGUGAUCAAACUGAAAGGCUACACCAACUGGGCCAUUGGCUUUAGUGUUGCUGAUCUUCUAGAAACCAUUUUGAAGAAUCUCUCUCGAGUCCACCCAGUGUCUACCAUGGUUAAGGGUAUGUACGGCAUUGAAAACGAAGUGUUCCUGAGCCUGCCUUGUGUGCUGGGAUCUGUAGGGUUGACCAGUGUGAUCAAUCAGAAGCUGAAGGAUAGCGAGGUGGCUCAACUCCAGAACAGCGCCUCUACGUUGUGGAACGUUCAGAAGGACCUCAAAGAUCUGUAGGCGCUAAGAGAUGCUUCCGUUUCUCCGUAAACAAGAAGACAAGCAGUGUUAAGCCAACACCUUCAUGUUAACUCCAUAGCCGAGCUUCCAGUAAACAUCGUGAAAGGGUACCAGCCUUCCUCCACCACAGCUAAGAUCCACAUUGUUGUACAUGCAGAUGUUCCGAACAAAUAAAACCAGCUCUUGUGUGUGUGCUCCCA